GUGCAUCUUCCACGUCUCUUCACCGCACGAGCUCUCUCCCUGUCGUCAUGUGAUGUCAUUAGGCAGCCAUGGCUACAGUUCGGAGGUUUAGGGUUUAGGCUCGAACCACUCUCCCCGGGCCUCCCUCAUGGCCUAUGCGUCUCGAGUGAGGGUCGGCACUCUGGUUCCCCUCGCCAAGGACAAUGCUGACUCAUCUAAUGGAUCCGUAUCCACCAUCCCCAUCUUCGAGGGUUCCAAUGUCGUUGGGAGGAAUCAUUUGGUCAUCGCCGACAAGAGGAUCAGCCGCAAGCAUCUGAGCCUCCAUGCCUCUCCAGAUGGCUCCAUUGAAGUCGUAGUGGAAGGACCAAAUCCUAUCAUUGUCCGAUCAGAGGGGCAGAGGAGGAAGGUUUGUGCCCAGGAAAAAGCCAAGAUCACACACGACGAUGUCCUGGAACUGAUUCCAGGUGAUUAUUUUGUGAAGUACAUGGAUAUGGCUGCUGAACAUAAAAGCUCUGCUCCAAUUGGUUCAAGCGGCCUGAAGAAGGGAAAGAGGCACAGUGAGGAAGAUAGUGCAGCUGUCAAAAGGAAUCGGCAGAUUAUGGAAGAUGAAGCUUUGGCAAGAACACUACAGGAGAGUUUUGCAGAAGAGAGCACAAAUGUUUCUGACAUGGCUUCUGGUCAAACAUCAAGUCUGCUUGACAGUGCUGGGUCUUCCAAGAGAAGUAACGAGAGAAUGCACUCCGUCGAUCCUUCAAAUGAUGUGCCCUCUUUGACUUUUCACCUUAUGCAUGUCCAGGGUCUUCCAUCAUGGGCUAACAGUUCGUCAGUUACCGUUCAGGAUGUCAUACAGGGUGAAGUGCUUCUUGCAGUUCUCUCAGAUUAUAUGGUGGAUGUUGAUUGGUUGCUUACUGCCUGUCCAAGUUUGAGGAAAGUUCCUCAUGUCCUAGUUAUACAUGGAGAAGACGGUGCUUCAUUGGAGCUUUUGAAGAAAAUGAAGCCUGCAAAUUGGAUCCUCCACAAACCUCCACUCCCGAUUUCAUUUGGAACACAUCAUUCCAAGGCCAUGCUGCUUGUAUAUCCUCAAGGGAUUCGUGUUGUUGUGCACACAGCAAAUAUGAUACAUGUUGACUGGAAUAACAAAAGUCAAGGUCUAUGGAUGCAAGACUUUCCUUGGAAAGAUGCAAAGGAUAUCAAUAAAAAAGUUCCAUUUGAAAAUGAUCUGGUUGAUUAUCUCAGUGCACUUAAGUGGCCUGAGUUCAGGGUGAAUCUCCCUGUGGUUGGCGAUGUCAAUAUCAAUGCAUCAUUCUUUAGAAGAUUUGAUUAUAGUAGCGCAAUGGUAAGGUUGAUUGGAUCAGUUCCUGGUUAUCAUGCGGGUCCCAGUAUUAAGAAGUGGGGCCAUAUGAAGCUUAGGAGUGUCCUUGAAGAAUGCACGUUUGAAAAACAGUUUUGUAAGUCCCCUCUGAUUUAUCAGUUUUCUUCCUUGGGAUCACUUGACGAGAAAUGGAUGAGUGAAUUUACAUACUCAUUGUCAGCUGGUAAAUCAGAUGAUGGAUCACCUCUGGGUAUCGGGAAGCCACUGAUUGUGUGGCCUACAGUGGAGGAUGUUAGGUGCUCAAUAGAGGGUUAUGCGGCUGGUAGUUGCAUUCCAAGCCCUCAAAAGAAUGUCGAGAAGGAUUUCUUGAGAAAAUAUUGGACCAGGUGGAAAGCAGACCAUGUGGGUCGUUGUCGUGCUAUGCCUCAUAUAAAAACUUUUACUCGCUACAAUGGUCAAAAUAUUGCAUGGUUUCUGCUUACCUCAUCUAAUUUAAGCAAAGCUGCUUGGGGUGCGCUGCAGAAGAACAACACGCAGCUAAUGAUACGCUCGUAUGAGUUAGGUGUGUUGUUCUUGCCCCAAACCCUCAAGUCCAUACCACAAUUUUCGUGCACGGAGAAGAACCGCUCAAGCCUGGAUGGCCUCGCCCUUGGCAAGACGAUCAAGACCAAGCUGGUCACGCUUUGCUGGAAAGGCGAUGAAGAAUCGGAACCAUUUACAAAAACCGUCAGAUUGCCUGUGCCAUAUCAACUCCCUCCACAACCUUAUGGCCCAGAAGAUGUCCCUUGGUCAUGGGAUCGGAGGUACACAAAGAAGGAUGUGUAUGGUUCGGUGUGGCCGCGUCAUGGCUAGCAAGCUAACAAGGUAUGCUGGCGACGAUUCCUAACCGGCGAUAAAGCCAUUUUCUUAGACGAAGCCAGUGGUUUGCUGAUCUCUCAGUGGCCAGUUCCAAUAUUAACAAUUAGCUUGUAGAGGAGGCGCCUUAUUGCUCUUCUCCUGUACCCCACAUGUCCUGUCCCGACCACUCGACCCGCUGUGGACAAAUUCAUGAGCCGUGUAAAACUUUGGAUACUUUCAGCUUAUUGUGGCAAUGGAUAUUUCAUAUUUCCGUCCUA